UCUGCACUACCCCGUACAUCGUAACACUGGGAAGAAAUGCGUCUUUCUUUGGAAUUGAAAUAAAUAUAAACUACAAGGAGCAGGCAUAAGAACAAAAUGGCCCCAAAUUCCAUCCACUGGUUCCGUAAAGGCCUGCGUCUCCAUGACAACCCGGCCCUGCUGCAGGCGGUCAAAGGAGCCGGCACUGUGCGCUGCGUCUACUUCCUGGACCCUUGGUUUGCAGGCUCGUCCAACGUCGGUGUCAACAGGUGGAGGUUUCUCCUUCAGUGUUUGGAGGAUCUUGAUGCCAACCUUAGGAAGCUCAACUCUCGCCUCUUUGUCAUCAGAGGCCAACCAGCCAACGUGUUCCCACGGCUCUUUAAGGAGUGGAAGAUCUCUCGCCUGACCUUUGAGUACGAUACGGAGCCGUUUGGGAAGGAGAGAGACGCUGCCAUCAAGAAGCUGGCCAUGGAGGCCGGGGUGGAGGUCAUCGUCAAGACGUCACACACCCUCUACGAUCUAGACAAGAUCAUAGAGCUGAAUGGCGGACAGCCUCCUCUCACCUACAAGCGUUUCCAGACUCUGAUCAGUCGAAUGGAUCCUCCUGAGAUGCCCGUGGAGACGCUGUCAGACGCCCUGAUGGGUCGCUGCGUCACCCCCGUCUCUGAGGACCACGGAGAAGAGUACGGGGUCCCGUCCCUGGAGGAGCUAGGCUUUGACACAGAGGGCCUGCCUACAGGCGUCUGGCCCGGAGGAGAGACCGAGGCUCUGACGAGGAUAGAGCGCCAUCUGGAGAGAAAGGCGUGGGUGGCUAACUUUGAGCGUCCCAGAAUGAACGCCAACUCGUUGCUCGCCAGCCCGACUGGCCUCAGCCCAUACCUGCGCUUCGGCUGCCUCUCCUGCCGCCUGUUCUACUUCAAGCUCACCGACCUCUACCGCAAGGUGAAAAAGAACAGCUCCCCUCCACUCUCCCUGUACGGCCAGCUACUGUGGCGAGAGUUCUUCUACACCACAGCAACCAACAACCCACGCUUCGACAAGAUGGAGGGAAACCCGAUCUGCGUGCGUAUCCCGUGGGACAAAAAUCCUGAAGCACUUGCCAAAUGGGCGGAGGCUAAGACAGGAUUUCCCUGGAUUGACGCUAUCAUGACUCAGCUACGGAAGGAGGGCUGGAUCCAUCACCUGGCCCGGCAUGCUGUGGCCUGCUUCCUCACGAGGGGCGACCUUUGGAUCAGUUGGGAGGAAGGGAUGAAGGUGUUUGAGGAGCUUCUCCUCGACGCAGACUGGAGCGUGAACGCAGGCAGCUGGAUGUGGCUGUCCUGCAGUUCAUUUUUCCAGCAGUUUUUCCACUGCUACUGCCCUGUGGGCUUCGGCCGUCGGACCGACCCCAACGGGGACUUCAUUAGACGAUACUUACCUGUCCUCCGAGGUUUCCCUGCAAAGUACAUCUACGACCCGUGGAACGCUCCGGAGUCCGUGCAGGCCGCGGCCAAGUGCAUCAUAGGCGUCCAUUACCCCAAACCCAUGGUGCAUCACGCAGAGGCGAGCCGGCUCAACAUCGAGAGGAUGAAGCAGAUCUACCAGCAGCUGAGCCGAUACAGAGGACUGGGCCUGCUGGCAUCAGUCCCGUCCUCCAAUGGGAACGGGAAUGGAGGAAUGAUGGCCUACCCCCUCGGAGAGCAGCAGCCAGGGACCAACAACAACAAUUCACAUUUGCCUGGAGUGUCGGGGAGUUCGGUUGCAGCGAGUAACGGCAGCGGGAACAUCCUGCACUUUCAAAAUGAAGAAGAAAUGGGGCCUAGCAGCAGACAACAACAACAACAACAACAACAACAACAACAACAACAACAACAACAGCAGCAGCAUGGAUACCCCUCAGUGCCAGAAGCCAGCCAGACCAUCACCAGCAGCCGACUCUACCACGAGUUCGCCGUGCCUCAACACCCAGGACUUCUGCACAGCAGAGGAAGCAUUACAGGAAAGAGGGAGCGUGAAUCGGAACGAGAAGGGUCGGGGGAGAGAGACCCGGCGUCCUUCUCCAUGCAGAAGAUGCAGAGGCAGAGUGCACAGACAACCUAGAGCAGCCGUUGAUGAUAAUGAGGAUUAAUUUUAAAUCACCAUCCAACCAGCAGAGAGAGGAAAUCCCAACAUGACCGCCCGUCCUCCAAACACACGCUGACAUCAGACACCUAAUCUCUGUCUUUAACGUCAGAAAUUCCCAGGGGUGCAAACGCAGAGGUGAAAAUGUGACUUUUGACACUUUUUCUAGAAGUCCAUUGAACUCUGACCUCUUGCAUGCAGGUGUGAAGAUGCAAGGGGACUGUGCAAAGUAACAAAACACCUGAAACUUGCACAGGAAAAAUGAUUUGUAAAUAUAUAAAUACAUUAUUGUCUUAAAACUGCUUCCACCAGUUACAGUAGUACAUACUGUGUGAACUCUGAAGCAGCUAUACAUGUAAAUUAUAGAACAAUUCAACUCUUGCUAUACAGAUUUUUUCCAGAGACCUUUUUGUACUUUAACUACAUCUUUGUGCUAUCUACGUCACCCUGUUCUACAUUCCUAUGGUUUCACCAUGAUUUGUUAUAGAAUUAUUCUGAUUUUCAUAGCUGUUAUAUUUCCGUGAUAUCUUUAUUUGAAUUUGCCCUUGAAAAUUCACUCCCAUUCGCAACUCUUUGUUUCCCCCAGAAAUAUUGAGAGUUUCUAAAAGAUUCUGUGUGUAGAAGAAAAUUGUAUAACUUUGGAGAAUCUCUGAGGCCUUCUGUGCUGAAAUUUGAACUUUUUUGCUGUGCAACACGUUCAACAACCAAAAACAUGUUGUGAUUCAUUUACGAGAGGAUGUGGAUGUAACUUCUUUCCAAUAACAUGAGGACAGAGAACAGUUUGCUGAAAACUCCUUUCAAAGUGUUUGUUUUUUUCGAAGAUAUUUUAUAAAAACCAAAACGUGCUGUAUAACAAAUUAAAAAAAGUUGAGUUGACACAAAAAGAGAGAAACAACAUUCCUCAAAAACCACUGUACCCUCCUGAAGAGUGCUGCACAAGGAGUUUAUUUCUUAUGUAUUGCUUCUUGCAACAUUUUGCAGCCCAGAUUUGUGAAAUUGUAAAUACAAAAUUUCAAAUAACUAACUUUUUCAGAGUGUCCACGAUCUCAUGAAACGAACGAUGGUAAGCGCAUACAAAGGGGAUGCAAAAUGGCCACUGUAAAGUUGUCUAUUGGAGGAUUGUGUCUUAUUUAAUUUCUACCAAACCCUCACUUUCACCUUUAAUGCCAAAACUAAUGUCAGGUUUCUAGGUUUGGUACACAUGAAGUAACAAAUCAAAAACUCUAGACGAUGAAAUAAACAGUGUAUGCUCCCCUGACGGCUAACCCACCAUAGCAGUCACAAACUCCAAAAAGGAGACAUGUAGGCCACUUAAGUAUUCAGUGAAUAGCUGCAGCAUAUAUUUAAAAUGUCUAAAUUGUAAUGGCCUGCAGAUUGGAGCUAAUGGCGGCUUGUCCAAGCUCUACCGAGCAAGUUCUGGUUUCAGUGGAGAUUUGAAGAGUUUUGUCUGUGUACACUACAGUACUCAAUAUUUAUACAUCUACAAGUUGAACAAAGUUGUUUUUGUUAGUUUUGUUGAGCAGAUGCCAUCUAUCAUCUCUGUAAUAUGUAUCUAUUUCUUCGCUUCUUGUGUUGUGAAAUACUUGUCUUGUGCUUGAUUAAGUUCAUGACAGGAAAUAAAAAACUGUUAACACCUUUUCAAACGCUUCAAACCCAAAGUUAACGCUUGCGAUUGAUCAAAUUAUAGCAAAUGAAUCACAUAACCAAGUAUGACCUAAAGUUGCUCCCGUAAUACACAGCAGUAAAAAGGCAAAUAAAUCGCAAAAGACCAAGCACCCAGGCAGUACGCGGCAGUAGUUGUAGUGGCCAAAAUAUGCUUUUUGAUGCCGUUUCAGACCGUGACGUAAUUGGGUCCACAAAUACUUUUUUUAACCAAACAUUCAGAAUCUGAAAACACUUGUUUGAUCUAAUAUUAGAUCUGAGCAUUGCUGUCCUUUCUGAAAUUCCCAGGGAAUGUUUUCAGUUUUUAUUUAAAAACGUUUUUCAUAAUUACGUCGGAAGAAGUGGUAAGAAAAAUUGAAUUAUAUUUUUGAAUACUUUGACCUGGCUAAUAACUUUAAAUGAUCAUGGAUAGGAGAGGACAGGCCAGGCUAUCAUUAAAGGAAAUCCAUAUCAUCUUGUCAACAAGCUGAGAACGAGCAUGACCUUGCGUGCUUCCUAGUUCUGGUGGUGCUUAUUUUGAGGGAGCAGCGUAUAAUACUCACCAAAACAAAUCGAAACUCAUCCCUUCCCCAGCCCCAUGACAGGAUUAACUUUCGCUACAGUUUCAGCUGUCUGUUGUGUAACCUGUCUUUCCUUGAAAA